CUAAUCCACCCGACCUCACUCCAUCUUCACCCUCUCCCUCAACAACACAAACAACCAAAAUGUCUACAAACACAAACACAACCCCAACUCCCCUCCCAAAAUACAUCUACAAAAUCCUCCCCUCAUCCCCCACGCCACCAUCUCCCUUGCCACCAAAUCUCCCCCUCUCACCCCUCGACCGCCGAGACACCUUCCUCCACUUCAGCACCAGCGCGCAAAUCCUCGGCACCCUGCAAAAUUUUUUCAAAUCAGAAAAACACGUAUGGAUCCUGCGAGUGCCGUAUGAAAGGGUAGAGAAAUUUGUGAAGUGGGAGGACGCGAGGGGGAAGGGGCCGGAUGAGAAGGGUGGGUGUUGGGAUGUGGAGGGGUCGAGGGGGUUGUUUCCGCAUGUUUAUGGGAAUGGGGAGGCGGGCGAUGAGUGUGGGUUGAGGCUUGGGAGGGAGGAGGUGGAUGAGGUGGGGAGGUGGGAGAGGGGUGGUGAGGAGUGGGGGAAGGAGGGGUGGCCUUUUGGGGAGGAUGAGCCGAAGGAGUGA